CCAGCACAGACAUCUCACCCUCCUACCUGGACAGGAAGGCCUGGGAGACACUGACAGCAGGAUUCUACCAAGGCCGGGAUGCCAGAGGGAUCCACAGAAGAGCUCCACAGCAGCCCACCCUGUGAGAGCCAAGGGACAGAGCCUGCUGGGCUGCUGGCUCCCAGGAGCAGCAGGACAAUGGUGACAGGAGGUGGAGGCUACCUGGGAUACAAUCUGGGAUGUGCCCUUGUCAGCUCAGGAAUUGCUGUUGUGCUCUUUGAUCUUCGCAAACCUAAAUGGGAAAUUCCACGCGGAGCGGAUUUUUUCAAGGGUGAUGUGAGGGAUUAUGAAGCGGUGUUCAAAGCAUGUGAGGGGGUUGACUGUGUUUUCCAUGUAGCUGCAUGUGGAAUGUCAGGAUUGGAACAACUUCAAAAGAAAGAUCAGAUUGAAUCCAUAAAUGUUGGAGGCACAAAAAUAAUAAUUGAUGUCUGCAAACAAAGAAAUAUCCCUAGACUGAUAUAUACCAGUACAGUGAAUGUGGUGUUUGGAGGGAAUCCUAUUGAAGAAGGAGAUGAAGAAACGGUGCCAUAUUUUCCACUGGAAAAGCAAUUUAAUCAUUAUUCCAGAACCAAGGCAAUUGCAGAUCAAAUGGUUCUUGCUGCUAAUGGAACUUUACUCAAAGGAGGGGACAAGCUCCACACGUGUGUGCUUCGCCCGCCGGGCAUCUACGGACCAGAAGAGCAGCGGCACCUGCCUCGAGUAGCCAUAAACAUCCAGCGGAGACUUUUUAACUUCAAGUUUGGGAAUCACAAAGUUCAGAUGAACUGGGUUCACAUAGGAAAUCUAGUGCAAGCUCAUUUACUGGCUGCUGAGGCUCUCACCUCUGAGAAGGGCUAUGUAGCUAGUGGCCAGGCUUAUUACAUCCAUGAUGGUGAAAAUGUCAUCUUCUCUGAGUGGAUUGUGCCUUUGUUUGAAAAAUUAGGCUACAGGAAACCUUGGAUACAUAUUCCUGUUCUCCUGGCUCAUAUAGCAGCCACUGUGAUGGAAUAUUUGCACCUGAUACUAAAGCCAGUUUUUAGCUUUACACCUUUCUUGACAAGGAAUGAGGUGUGGAAUGUCACUGUAACUCACACUUUCCGAAUAGACAAGGCACGAAAUCAGCUCGGUUACAAACCAAAGAAAUUCUCAUUCGCUGAUUCUGUGGAUCAUUACCUAAAAACAAGACCUACCUGCCAAGAAGAUCACACAUUCCUUAAAAUGAUGUUUGUUUUUGGCAUUUUGUUAAGUUUUGUCAUUCUUUCUUUCUUCUAA